GUCUCUCUGUAUACAAUCAUUCACCGAGAGGAGAGAGAGAGGAGAGAGAGAAAGUCUUCGUUUCCAAGUCUCUGUGUUUCUCCGGAACUAUGUCGCUGCUCACAGAUCUCAUCAACCUUGAUCUCUCAGAGUCUACUAAGAAGAUCAUCGCAGAGUACAUAUGGAUUGGUGGAUCUGGAAUGGAUAUCAGAAGCAAAGCAAGGACUCUGCCAGGACCAGUGAGUGAUCCUUCAAAGCUUCCCAAGUGGAAUUAUGAUGGUUCCAGCACAGGUCAAGCUCCUGGAGAAGAUAGUGAAGUUAUCCUAUACCCUCAAGCCAUUUUCAAGGACCCAUUCAGGAGAGGCAACAACAUUUUGGUGAUAUGCGAUACCUACACGCCCGGUGGAGAACCAAUUCCAACCAACAAGAGGGCUGCUGCUGCAAAGAUUUUCAGCCAUCCUGAUGUUGUUGCUGAAGUACCCUGGUAUGGAAUUGAACAGGAGUACACCUUGUUGCAGAAAGAUGUCAAAUGGCCCCUUGGGUGGCCCGUUGGUGGCUAUCCAGGCCCUCAGGGCCCAUACUAUUGUGCUGCUGGCGCAGACAAGGCCUUCGGGCGAGACAUUGUUGACUCGCACUACAAGGCCUGUCUCUAUGCAGGCAUUAACAUUAGUGGAAUAAACGGUGAAGUGAUGCCUGGCCAGUGGGAGUUUCAAGUUGGCCCUUCUGUCGGCAUAUCAGCUGGAGAUGAACUGUGGGCUGCUCGUUAUAUUUUGGAGAGGAUCACUGAGAUUGCUGGGGUGGUUCUGUCUUUUGAUCCCAAGCCAAUCCAGGGUGAUUGGAACGGGGCUGGUGCUCACACGAACUACAGCACCAAGUCCAUGAGAGAAGAUGGAGGCUAUGAAAUUAUCAAGAAGGCAAUUGACAAGUUGGGACUCAGGCACAAGGAGCACAUUGCUGCCUAUGGAGAAGGCAAUGAACGCCGUUUGACAGGAAAGCAUGAAACUGCCGAUAUCAACACAUUUAAAUGGGGUGUUGCCAACCGCGGUGCUUCUAUCCGUGUUGGUAGAGACACAGAACAAGCUGGCAAGGGCUAUUUCGAGGACAGGAGGCCUGCGUCGAACAUGGAUCCAUAUAUUGUCACUUCUAUGAUUGCAGAAACCACCAUUCUGUUGAAGCCAUGAACACACACCGCUACACCUACACCUACACCCGUGCAGUUCCAAGUCUUGUGACAUCGUCACCGUCUUUCAUUAAGGCUGGAAAUGUGUUUUACCAGGUCCGUUUAAAAGAUCCUUGUGUGUCCUUAGCUACAAACUAGAAUUAGCAUUGUCCUUUAAAUUGUAUUGCGUUGCUAUUUUCCCUAUUAAAAAUGCCAAGAUGUGGUUAAUUGCUCCAAUGCCUCAUCAUUCUGCCCAUUGUGUUGAAUAAGUGUCAUUUAUGAACAAUAUUUUUCAAAGGGUUGGUUGGUUUUAAUGACAUUUACUUGUAAUUCUUGAUAAAUGCAAGCCUCAUCUUUUAUUC